GGCUCACCGCACCAGCAUGGAGAGAUAGUGCACACCAUGACGGCGACGCCGGGGACGCCGCACCUCAGCGCUCUGCUCUGCCUCACGCUCCUCUGUCUUCCAAAAGGUUCGGUCCAGGGGCCGCACGAGAAGCGGGUGCUGGAGAAGCUGCUGAACAACUAUAACGUGCUGGAGCGGCCAGUGGCCAACGAGUCGGAGCCGAUUGUGGUCAGCUUCGGCCUGACGUUGCAGCAGAUCAUCGAUGUGGAUGAGAAGAACCAGCUGCUAAUUACAAAUGUGUGGUUAAAUUUGGAGUGGAACGACGUGAACCUACGAUGGAAUGCAUCAGAAUACGGGGGCGUUCAAGACCUACGUAUUCCGCCAAAGAAGAUAUGGAAGCCAGAUGUUCUUAUGUACAACAGUGCUGACGAGAAGUUCGACAGCACGUACCCGACAAAUGUGGUGUUGAAAAACAAUGGGAGCUGCCUGUACAUACCUCCCGGCAUCUUCAAGUCGACCUGCAAGAUCGACAUCACAUGGUUUCCAUUCGACGACCAGGAGUGUGACAUGAAGUUCGGCUCCUGGACGUACGACGGCUGGCAGCUGGAUCUGAUUCUCCCAAGCGAGGAGGGCGACGCCAGUAACUUCAUCCCGAACGGCGAGUGGACUCUGCUCGGGAUCCCAGGCCAGCGCAAUGAGAUCUCGUACGCCUGUUGUCCUGAGACCUACAUCGACAUCACGUACACUGUCCAGAUCCGGCGGCGCACGCUCUAUUACCUGCACAACCUGGUCCUGCCCGGCAUCCUCAUAUCCACCAUGGUGCUGCUGGCCUUUACCCUGCCGCCGGACUCCGGGGAGAAGCUGACUCUAGGCGUCACAGUGCUACUAUCUCUGACAGUAUUUCUGAACCAAGUCGCUGCAAAUAUGCCAGAGACCUCUGAGGCUGUGCCCCUACUAGGUGUUACCAUUUUACUAUCGCUCACUGUCUUUCUAAAUAUGGUGGCCGAGAGUAUGCCCACUACAUCCGACGCUGUCCCACUUAUAGGGACGUACUUUAACUGCAUAAUGUUCAUGGUGGCGUCAUCGGUGGUGAGCACUGUUCUCAUCCUGAAUUACCAUCAUCGGUCUGGCGAGACCCACGAAAUGGCACCCUGGGUGCGGAGCGUGUUCCUGCAGUGGAUGCCGUGGCUGCUGCGCAUGUCGCGGCCGGGCGAAAAGAUCACGCGCAAGAACAUCAUCAUGAACAACAAGAUGAAGGAGCUGGAGCUGAAAGAGCGCUCCUCUAAGUCGCUCCUGGCCAACGUGUUGGACAUGGAUGACGACUUUCGGGGCCUGGCGCCGGCGCCGCUCUCGCUGGCCGCCAACAGCGCCGCCUACACGCGGCUGCCGCCCGGCCAGUCGGUCGACGACCUGGCAGCGCCCGGCUGCAUGGCAGGCUGUGCGCGUGAGCUGCACCUGAUCCUGCGCGAGCUGCGCACCGUCACCGACCGGCUGCGCCAGGAGGACGACGAGGCGGUCGUCACCAGCGACUGGAAGUUCGCCGCCAUGGUGGUAGACCGCCUGUGCUUGAUCGUGUUCACGCUGUUCACUGUGGUGGCGACGGUGGCCGUGCUGCUGUCGGCGCCGCACAUCAUCGUGCCGUGACGUCAGCGCGCGCUGCGACACGUCAGCGUGACGUCAGCGUGACGUCAGCGUGACGACAGCGUGACGCUGUUAGGCGACAGCGGACGCGCGCCUCGCCGACAGUGCUGUCUGCUCAAGGCCGGCGGCGCGCCGGCCGUCAUCGCCACCUGACAAUACUGACGGCAAUACUCGAUCCCGUCUUGUUACCCUGUAGCUCCAGCCAUCCCGUCUCCAUCUCUGCCCUUCUUCCCGGCCAGGCCAGUCGAGUCGGUAUUUUUAGCAUUACGGGUAGUCGGGUGCGAGUGAUCCCCGGCCUCACCACGUCGGAGCCAAAUUACAGUGGGGUGUAAGGCAGUAGAGUCUCGUGCGCUCGAGCAGUUCGAGGAGCGGGCGCGCUAGCCCGUGCAAGCCUGCUCCCCAUGUCUAGACCAGCGUGUUUCUGUGAUUCUUCAUCGGUAUUCACCAGCUGAGACGCUGUGUCGGAGCCGCGCCGCCCUUUGCUGGAAUCCUUGCCUUCUGUGAUGCUUUGUUUCCAUUCAUAUCGAUUCAGACAAUGACAUAGGCUGGAGCGCGUUUUACGACGCGACGCAGGCGCGCGAUAGCACAUGUUUAUCGCGGUCUGUGCAGCCCUGUUUUGAUAUUGAUCAUGAGACCUGCCGGUGGCGUACUUGUCAGAUAUUUAUACCGAGCCUUGUCGCUUUCAUGCUAGGAGGUAUAGUUGGGCUCAUUUCAGUGACCGUUCUUCCGAGUAUAUCAGCAUUGUUCUUAGACUUUGAAUGUCCAUGGUUUUAUGAAUAAUGAGGAUUUUCUUCUGAAUGUUGCGCAAGAAAAAAGAGGAGAUCAUAAUCGUUUUUUAGACCGUAUCAAAUCUGGCGAUCGAUUGAACUCGAAGAAAGGAACGUCACAAUUAAGCAUAAAUAAUCUCCCGAUUUGUUUCUCAUAUGACCUCGGUACUUGUGAACGUGUUAACAGCACACGAAGACACUAGCACGUCGGCUGCCGAGGGCAAGCAAGCACCAAAGGCCAUCCAUCAGCUAGAGAGAACAUUGGCUGUCGUAAAACGUACUUGAGUGGUGUAGGUUGUUUGUGACCUGUCAGAUAUAUCGGCAGCGGCGGUUUGUGGCGGUCACUGUCCAUGUUGUUCGUUCCACAGUUGUGUUUUCAACGCUUAGAACUCGCAAGUUCAUCUUCGCUGAUUUCGCCGAAACUAAGGCUGACCGAAAGCUUAAUCUGGAAAACGAAUACAACCACCGAG